GAUCAAUACAAAACAAGGAAAUGCGUGAGCCUUCAUGAACGAUGUUUUUAUCAUUCCCGUUCGUUAAUCUGCUAAGUGCAGUCAAGAAAGAUGCUGCUGGCGAUCCAGGUGAACUCCGAGGCCAUGCAGGACAACUACGUGUCGCUGCACACCAUCAGAUGUCAGGGCAGCGUCGAUGAUGUGCAGACCAUGGAAGAGAAGCUGCGACAGGACCCGGAGGCGCUGCACAGGAUCUGUAUGCCGAUGCUCACUACGCCGCUCCACCACGCGGCCUCAGCGGGUCACGAUUUGUGUGUCAGGUUUAUGUUGAGGCAGGGGGCCAGCACCAACAUCGAAGACCGCACCGGCUGCACACCCUUGGAGGCGGCCGUCAGCCGUACCCGCGUGGACUGCGUCGGGGAGUUGUUGGCCCACGGCGCCGACCCAAACUUCAAGUCGCCAAUUAACUUCAACCAAAGUCGCUCGAGGUGCCUCGCUAGAGCGUGUCUUGAGGGAAAUUCCAGUAUCGUCUCGAUGCUUUUGGAAGCUGGUGCUUUGGUAGACGACAUACCAUUUGGCGUGCCAGACUACUUGCUGAUCAGCCCCUGCAGCUUCGCCGUCGCUUACGGUCACCCGGAAAUCCUCCGGCUGCUCCUGCUGCACGGCGCCGUCACAGAUUUGAGUCAUUUGCCCAACUGCCAGAAUAAUGACCAGCUGGUCAAGAAACACCUGCUCCCGCACCUCGCAAUAACGCACAUGGGUCGUAAUGGUCUUGAAGCUACAAAACGCUGCUUAGAAAUUCUCAGGCAAUUCGGAGCUGAUUUCAGCGCGAUAGACCAAAACGGAAAAUCACCUCAGGAGUUGGCUCAUAUUUUAAAAAGUUCAAAGAACGUUGAGGAAUAUGAGGCACUGAUCGAAAACUUUCUCGACAAAUGCAGCUCCCCAUUAUCUCUACUCGAACUCGCCAGGUUAACAUUAUUUCGUCACUGCAAAGCUAACUAUUUUCAUAUGAUUCCUAAACUGAACAUCCCUCGUUGCUUGGUGUCAUAUUUAUAUUAUAAGAAUGAAGUGUGAUACCAUUUGCUUCUGCUGUAUCAAAGAAAAUUAAAUUAAAAACUGUGUGAUAUGGAUAACCCAAUCUAAGUAAGAUCAGUCCUAUUAGGAAGGCUAAAAUUGUCAUGUGUUCAAUAUACACAAAUCUGAUUAAGUGCCAUAAAUUCUAAAUUUUAAGGAU